UAUGUCAUGGAAAGAGCAGGUGUUCUUAAUGUUUAUACACCCAGUGUAUAUAAAUCACAAGAAAAUCCUGUUUUUGUCUGCACUGGACUUUAAACCAACUCAAAAGUGCAAGCCAAUGUUUAACCAUGAGAUAACAUGCUACUGUGGAUUUUACCUUCGACAACAACGCAGUUCUGCAAUGACGUCAACUUUUGUCAAAUGAUUAACACCUGUGUUAACUAAGGCCUGUGAUUCAGUUAAAGAAGCAUUGUCGACAUUGUACUUGAUUUCUAAAGGUCAUUUGCGUUUGAGCCGGCACACGUAGAGUUUACCACGAAUGUGCUCCAAGAACAACAGGGAAAUUCCCUUUAAAGACCCACUGUCGACAAUACUCCUUUGAUUGAAUCCUAGAUGAAAUCAACAUAAUCGAACUUGACAAAAUAUGAAUAAUAUAUUCCAUUUAGCAGACUCACUUUGGGGAUGUGAGUGCAUACAAAAAAAUGUUUUCCCUCUUUGCUGGUUCAGCUCUUCUCGUUCUCUACUAAGAGACAUAGUGCAUAAGAGGCCAGGCGGCCAGGCAUCCUUCCUGUUUCAGUGAGACUCAUGUGCCAUUAAUAAGGAAGCUGCUUUCAUAACACCCCCUCGCUCUCCUUGCAUAAGUGUUAAUAGUCAAACGCUUAGUCAACCAUGAAUCCACCCCUAACCUCCCAAUCCCCAAGUAUCACGAGUGUGUGACAGCAUGAGACAGGGGUGCCGCAUUGAGAACCUAUAGCAGAUACGUAUGUCUCCUCUCUAGUUGUUUUUCUGUGGCUUUGCGGACAGUUUCUGAUCAUGUUUCUCUGAAGCUGUAAGAAAGAGCUUUGUAUUGAAACGCAUCAGCUUUGAAUAACAGGGCACCAUGAAUUGGAAAGAAUACAUCUAGUUGUAGUCCUGUUUUGGGGUGUUGCUAUCUUUGACAUUUUUGGAAGACUACAGCAACAGCUCCAGCAUGUUAACCAGAAUGGCAUAUCUUCAUGCUGUGGGUUUGGCCCUUCUAGCUCUGGCAGGCUGGUUGUCCCUUUGUGCUGCUGAUGUGGGGGACUUCGCCCCAUGUCUGAACUUCUUCUACAGGUCGUGGCCCCCCAAGGGUCUGUCAGGGACCCCCAUCUGUCAGCGCUAUGGGAACCAGUACCACUUCGCCUCGCUGUACAGCCGCCCACGACGCUCGCCAAGGUUCUCUGCCUACAUGUUCAGCCCGCCAGAAGGGAAAAGGCCCCCAGCAAACUGGAUGUUUGAGCCACAGUUAGCCAACGCCACAGCGGAUGGCAACAUGACCCCCUUCCCACUAGGUGAGCUGGACCCGAAUGUGGUGAACAGCCAGGCCGUCCAGCUGGACUAUACCAACUCCUCCUACACUCGGGGGCACCUCAACCCCAGCCUUCACCACCGGACCCAGGAGGACCGCUUGUCCACCUUCACCCUGACCAACGUGGUCCCUCAGAAGGUUGGCUCCAACAACGGGCCCUGGGAGACACUGGAGAACCAGGUCAACCACACUCUCGGCUCCUACUGCCUCGGUGUGGCCUACGUUGUGACGGGGGUUAUUCCCUACCUGGACAACAAGCACUGGAUCAAGGGUCAUCGAGUGGCAGUGCCGGAGUACAUGUGGUCAGCCUACUGUUGCCCUAAGUACAACAAGAGUCUACUUAACAAGGUUAAUCUUAGCAAGGUUUUCCCCACGUAUGCUGCUAUUGGACGCAAUGACCCAAACAGCACAGAAGAGAUUGUGCCCAUUGACAAAAGCAGUCACAAAUGUUUCUGGGGUUACGAUGUAAGGCGUAUGCCUCUGGAUACGUUGGAGAUGUACCUGAAGGAGCGAUUUGGGACCGUCAUCAGUGUGUUUUAUGAACAAUGCUCUGGGGUAAAAUGACCAUAUCUACCAUAUGCAUAUCUAAUAGAUUAUCAAGUUCAUGUAAUGGAUCAUGUGUGCAUAGACAGCAAAAUCACAUUUUUUUCAAUUAAUUUGGCACUAAUAUCAAGUAGUAUGUCCUCAAUUUUAGCACACGUGCUCUUAAAAUUGUCUAGAUUGCUCAACAGUCUAGGUAAGAAGUAAAUCACGGAUAUCAAAAAUAUGGUAAAACUUUAUAUAUAACAGUGUCAAAAUAAUGUAAUACGCAUGAAAUGUGUCCCAAAUGUCAUAAUAAAAUGUCACUGAAUGUCAAA